UCUCUGUCAUAUUUCUAUUCAGUCCACGUGGGACCUGAGCUGCUCCACACCUACUCAAAGUUCUACAAGCACGAUAUUCUCCUGCUGGUUGUUCGUCUGGCUGUGCUGGCCGCUGUCACACUCACGGUUCCUGUGGUGCUCUUCCCUAUUCGUACCUCAGUCGGCCACCUGCUGUUCCCAAAAAAGGACUUCAGCUGGAUCCGUCACGUUAUUAUCACAGUGAGCCUGCUAGCAGGAACCAACAUUCUGAUCAUCUUUGUCCCCAGCAUCAGAAAUAUUUUUGGCUUCAUUGGUGCCUCUGCUGCUGUAAUGCUGAUCUUCAUCCUGCCCUCAGCUUUCUAUCUCAGACUGGUUAAGAAGGAGUCAAUGAAAUCCAUGCAGAAGAUUGGGGCUCUGAUGUUCCUGAUAUUAGGAUUUGCUGUCAUGUUUGUCUGCAUGACUCUUAUCAUCUACGACUGGAUCGUGAACUCUAUGAAAGACCAAGGUCACUGAAGCUCCA